GUCUACACUGAUAAAAAUGAUAUUUCUCCAAGAAAUUUCCAAACUUAGAAUUGAGAUGGAAAACCCAAAUAUUCAUAGAAAAUAAUUGUUCUUCUCGAAUUAAUUGGUAUGAAGCUCAUCAUAUAUUAAGGACAUAAAAUUUGGAGAAAUUUACCCUGUUUUUUUUUUGUAACUGAACCCUUUUUGGUCGGCCAACUCUUGUUUAUUUACUUAAACAAAGUAAAAUAUAUAUUACAUUUAGACAAACACAUGGAUAUAGAAAUUAAGAAAAAUAUGGUACCCAAAAUCACUAGAGAAAACAAAAUUAUUACAAUAUUAAACAUGCAUGCGUAUAUAUAAUUAAUGAAGCCUAAUUCAAUGAGAAAAUAUAAGGUGGCAAAUCCAUGUAUGUUAAAAUACAUCUAGAAAGAAGAAGUGUGAAGAGAAAACAUGAUAGGUGAAAUGGGAUUGUUCUUGAGGCACAAGUGAGCUUAAAAAAGAUAUAGAAAGAGAAAGAUGUUUGACAAACACCUAAUACCAAAGAGACCCCAUCACAAUAAAACAUUAAGUUACAGGUUCAUCAUUCUUCCUCGAUAUUGCGUUAUACUUCAUCAAAACUGAAGAACAGAAAUCUAAUAAACUACUAUAUUUAAUCAAGCUGGUAUCCAUGUGUCAUGGUUAAAAGUAUUGUGAAACUUAUUUAACAAUAAAUUUGUAUGGUGAAAUAAAAAGAAAAAGAGAAAAAAGAUAGAUGUAGAAGGAGAUGGUGGCUUGGGCCAUACUUAAAAAAAUAACAUAUAAAACACGUUGAUGUGGCUGCCUUCAUUCUCCACUAUCCAAGGUGGCUGUGAUUGGUUGUUUCUUGAUUUGGGUCCAUAUAUGUUAUACAUAUAUCUAUAGAACUAUAUAUAUAAAGAUAGUAUCAUUAAUAUUCAUAAUUUGCAAGAGCCUCCUCAGGCACUGUAUGAGAAAUGGGGUGGCUCAAUUCUUUCUUCUCUCCCUUGAAGAAACUAUGGUUUCGCGUCAAUUCUACUCAAAAGAAAAGAAGAGGAAUAUACAUAUUAUACGAGGACGUGAAGUCAUGUCCAUAUGAAGAUGUGCAUGUUUUGUGGUCUAUACUCGUGGAGUCUCACCCACACACUUUGCAACCCAAACAAUAAAACCUCCAUUGUGCAUAGCUCUCGUUUUGGUUCAGAGUUCAUAUAUGGAAUGUUCAUGCUCAAGGACGAAACAAAGGAGAAAAUUGUUGGCGAAUCAUUCAUAUAUAUGUGUUACUCUCACUUGUACAUAACAAUAUAAAUACACAGAGAUUCUAAUUCCUUAUGGUUUUGUACAUUUUCUCUCUCGCGACUAUAUUGGUAUAUGGAAUGUUCAGAGAGUUCAUAUUCUCUCUCGUGACUAUAUUGGUGUAUACGGUUCUCUUGAGGUCGUAUAUGCAUACUUAAAAUAUUGGUAUAUAGAUUGCAUUAUUAGGAGAAAUACUUUAGAUAUGACUUAAAAGCAUAUGAUUGUGUAUAUGAAAAUGUGCUGUAUAUAAUAGUCUGCGUGACAAGAAAGCAAGUGAAGAUGUACCAUAUGUUCUUAUAAUUGGUAGACAUGAAAAGUUAAAGGUUGAUGGCGAAAGGAGAGUGAAUAGAAGUUGAAUUGUCAUGGAGAUUGUUGGCUUGUGUCGGUUGAUGACGUUAAUUAGUUGGACUUUGGAAAUUUGCGGUUGAAUUUAUUUUGCGUUUCCUAUUCGUGCUUAUAAGUUUUUUUCUUGAGGUAAAAUUUAUACAUAUAAGUUGAAAGUUAAGCUAGCAUUCUUUAAAGAAAAAAAAAUUGAGGGAAGCCAAAAAAGAAUGUUAUGAUUUAGUUAUUAUUAUUGUUAUUAUUUUUGUUUGGUUGAAAUAACCAAAUGAAACCAGACCACUUUUCUGGCAUAAAUGCCACCACAUUAAAUUCAAUGUUAUUCGAAUAUAAAUUUUAAAAAUGACAAAUUCAAUGUUAUUCGAAUAUAAAUUUUAAAAAUUCAUUUAAAAUUCGCUGUUACUGAAUUUGAUAUUCCGUAAAAUACUAUGAAAUUCGCUGUUAUUGAAAAUAUUUAAAGUUGUUAAGUUUUAAAAUUUUCAAGUGAUUUUAGAGUGAGUGAUUUUAGAGUGUUUGGAUGAACUUUUUUAGUUAGAAUAUUUAAAUUCAAAUCUCAUAGUUUUAGGUGAUAUUUUAGAGUAGUUUAACAAAAAUCACCUUAAACUCUACAAUUCACUGAAAUUAUCUAAAACCUCAUUAAAAAUCAAAUCAUCUCAAACUUUAGAUUGAAUACACCCUUUAAUAUAUAUAGUUAUGUGACAAUAACAAUUAGAUUUAAGUGACUUAUUUAUGGAGCUAGGGAUGUGUUUUGGUAAUUUGAUUCAAAAGAAUUUCGUAGGAUGAGUUUUCUCGAUUGCACCAAACACGAGCAUGCUUUGGCAGGAUGCGUUAAAUUUUACUGAGGUUACAUGUUUCUAAGAGCGAUGAAGAGUGUUAUGAUUAGAAAUUAAGAACCUAACGAUUCUACAGAAACAUGAGUUGAACGUAUCAAGACCAAACAUGUUGUGGAAAAUGUGAAACACGAAACAAAGCGUCGGCAAGUAAAAGAAAUGUUUCUUGAAGACGAAUAUACCCACGUCAAUCAUAUAUGGAGACACAACCGGCACAUCUUUAAACUAAGAUAUGAUAAGAGUAAAAGGAAAAAAAAUAUAGGUCGAUCCAAAGUUAGAACAGUACAUUGAGGGGCGUUGCCGACACAAAAAGUUAGUUAUAGCAGGAACAUGAAGAUAGUCGCCAGAACAGAUUGAAGUUUGGUCGUCACUGGCCAGUGGAACAUUCUAACUAUGGUUAAUCUUCAUCUCUUUCAGUACUAAUUUUUCUAGGGACAAUUACAAUAUUUGAGAUUCAUAAAGCUUUUUUCUUUUGAAAGAGUACUGUAUAUAAAAAGUACAGUCGAUUGAAGAAGAUCGCAUCAAUAUUUUGCUGGAUGUAGACAAAUUCUUUCUCAAUCUUCAAAAGAAAAAUGAGAUAACAUGAGUCCACAAAAGAAUACUAGAUGAGCUUUAAAAUUGCAACGAAAUAUAAUAUGAUACAAUUACAAAUUCCACGUAUGGUCGAUGAAAAUUUUAUAGAUCUCGACAUCUCUAUUUUAUUUAACAAUUAAAAUCUGCAAAAUUUUAGAACUAUAAAGUACUAAACUUUUAUUUAUUUAUUACUAUGAUGAAGUCGGUUGGUCAUUUGCUUUUUAGACAGUCAACAAUUUAGGAAACCCACUUUUCUUUUGUAAGACAAUUUCGUUUACAUUUUUACAGAUAUAUUUUCCAAAACAUUUUUGUUUAUAAUUUUCCCUCUUCAAGAUUUUUAAUACAAAUAAUAAAAUAGACUUUUGGAAAUUUUUAGAUAAAAUUAUAUAUAUAUAUUGUUGCAAAAAUUCAUUUAGGAACACAAUUCGGAUACAAGGAACAAUCAUAUAUCGCGUCUAAGAACAUCGACCUUAGUUUCACUUGCAUCCAAAGUUUCUGUCACAUGACAACUGUUUAACAUAUACGUUCCAAAAUUGUAUAUAAUGUUAUUGAUAACUGCCGCUGGAAAACAACCUUAACGACCUUAACUCACUCCAGUAUGUUAAUUAAUUAGAUCACUCAACUUAUUAUUUCGGCCUUGUGCUGAAUUGUUUUUUUUUUUAUUUUUUACAAACCUUCUUGGUAUAUACUAUAAAUUUUUAACCUGGCCGUGACUACAAGUUUUACAAAACCUAGGCCCUUUUAAGCUAAAAAUAUGAAACAUUUGGGUCACGGGUGUAAAUGCGUUGUGGUGGAAACACUCUUAAAACCAGGCGUACUCAGUGUUUGGGGUUAUACUAUUUUACUCGACUCCGGUCAUGAUGAUUGGGCAUACUAUGGAAGACAUGAACCAGUAGCAUAAUUUGACAUUGGCAGGGUCUGAAGAGGUUCCAAAAGAAGUUUACCCGAAAUGGAAUCAGAUUUCUUCUAACGACGAAUUGAUCCCAGCAAAACGUUUUGGUAAGUAUGAACGCAGGGAGAUGUUGUCUCUGACAUAAGGCCAGAGCAUCUUAUUAGCGUAAAACGUGAUGUGUAUACUCACGCAUUUAUGCAUGCAUAAUUUACAUUUUUAACCGGAUCUAUUAGAGCAUCCACAUUAGUAAAUCUUCUUUUGGGGUUCAUAGAAAUUUUUAAAUAUUUUUUGGUGGGACCAUGAAUAGUGAUGAACUUCUAUCUAUUGUGCUCCUGCAUUAGUGAACCUGAAAAAGGAAUUUAUAGGAAUAAAAUAAUAUUAUAUUAUUUUUUUAACUUUUUAAUAUAUUAACAAGACAUGAAUAAAAUAAAAUAAUUUUAAAAAUAUUUUAAAAGUUUUUAUUCAAUCCAUUAAGAAUAGAUUACAUGAACCAAAUAUUUUUUUAAAUUUUUUUAUUCAAUACAUUGAAAAUUCAUGAACAUAGAAAGAAUAUUCAUCUACAUUACUAAACUUUUGCCAUACAUUUUCCAUUAAAUCAGCUUUCAAACGAUCAUGUUUCUCUGAAUCUCGAACUUCAUUGCGAAUGCCUAACAUAUUACCGACAUGAAUACUUGUUCUCCUUUUCACCUUGGAACUUCUGCUUGACUCCCCUGACUCGAACUCAGAUGUAUCAAUUUGAGUGUACCUGUGUCGUUCGUUCUCUACUAUCAUAUUGUGCAAUAUGACACAAGUUCUCAUUAUCUUUCCAAUCUUUUCCUUGUCAACGUCUAUUGGUGGACUGCUCUGCGAAGCUAAUAGGUUAACAAACCCGGCAGAGUUAAAGGAGAAAGGUCUCAUUUUCGUUUAGGUUUGGUUUGGUGUUUAUAUGUUAGUGUGUUUUUAGUUGUGGAUUUGCUAUGUUUAUAAACUAGUUUUUCGUAUGAUAGGAUAGAACAAUUAAACAAAGUCUACCUACCAAACAUUCAUUAGAAAAGUUUUUAACAGAACAAGUAGUUCACAUAGAGCAGUGAAUACACAUCAAAUCAAUCGCAAAUAUUAACUACAGCUAAGUACAAUCGCAAAUUGAUCAUAGCAACCAACAACCAA